CUGACGUAAUGACGUAUCUUGGAGACGUCGAUCCAAACUUUCGCUUUCUCCUGAAGUUUACGUGCGGAACAGAAACUCGGUUAAAGCUGCGGAGAAGGAGGCACAGACCACAGGAAACUACCGUGACAGAGCAAAAACACACAGGAGAAAAACAAAAGUAUGUCUGGAGAACCGGCUCAGCCGACUGAUGUCGGAGAUGAAGGGAAGCUGAGCGGGGACGAGACAGACGCCAAGCCUGACCGCAGAGGAAGGUUUCUGCUGUUUGGGAGUAAGAAGAAUAAGGAUGGCCAGACGCGGGAGCAGGACUACUCUUCUGAAAGCCAUUACAGAAUUGUUUCACCAACAUUCCAGUAUAAGAUGAGCCACCAGCGAGUGGGCAAGUGUAUCAUCAUCAAUAACAAAAACUUUGAUGAGAAGACAGGCAUGAACGUGCGCAAUGGCACAGACCGAGACGCCGGUGAGCUGUUCAAAUGCUUCAAGAGCCUGGGCUUCGAUGUCUUCAUCUACAAUGAUCAGACAUGUGAGAAGAUGGCACGUCUUCUCAAAGAAGCCUCGGAGGAAGACCAUAGUGACAGCUCGUGUUUCGCCUGUAUCCUGCUAAGCCAUGGUGAGGAGGGCAUGAUCUACGGAACGGACGGAGCCAUGCCCAUCAAGACCAUGACCUCAAUGUUCAGGGGGGACAUGUGCAAAAGCUUAGUUGGGAAGCCAAAACUCUUCUUCAUCCAGGCUUGUCGGGGUUCCGAAUUCGAUGAUGGUAUACAGACUGAUUCAGGUCCGCCAAACGAUACCCUGGAGACAGAUGCAAAUCCAAGACAUAAGAUCCCUGUAGAGGCAGAUUUCCUGUUUGCCUACUCCACUGUGCCAGGGUAUUACUCAUGGAGGAACCCUGGGCGCGGCUCCUGGUUCGUCCAGGCGCUCUGCAACGUCCUCAACGAGUUUGGCAAGCAGCUGGAGAUAAUGCAGAUCUUGACACGGGUCAACUAUAUGGUGGCCACAAGCUUUGAGUCCUGGUCUGAAGACCCACGCUUCAGUGAGAAGAAGCAGAUUCCCUGUGUGGUCUCUAUGCUGACGAAAGAACUGUAUUUCAACUAAACCACGGGCCUAUCUGACUUGACUGACUGACUCGACUGACUGACAUAGUUAAAGCAUUCAGGGAUGAUUCGGGCCCAGCGGGACACUGCACAUUUGGAGCACAUAUGACGUUUUGCAUGUGUAGUUGGGUCUGAAAUCUGUGAGAGUUUUUUUUUUUUUUUUUUUUUAAAGUGGCACUCCUCGUUCAUGUGUUGAUGGUGAAACUUCUUCUUCUUCUUCAGGUUAUUCUUUAGAAUAAUGGCGUCACAUUUGAUCUGAUCUUUUUAUUUGACAGGCAUUGUGAAUAUCCAUGUUAUUCUACCAGCCCCGGAAAAUUUGCUGCCAGUUUUUGUGGGUUUGGGGGAAUCAUAUCUGAAUAUGCGUCUCUCCAUUUUCCAGCAUUUGCAAUAGAUGUAUUAAAAAGGAACUGUUCAGAGAGGAUAAACUGGAAUAAUUGACAUUUAGUGUUCUGAGAGAAGUCUUUCCAGAGCCAUCUGAAAAACCAUAAAUCCGUCUAAUGCAGUGCAAUGAAUUUGUUCAGUGUACCAUACUCACUGUCACUAUUACACAGUGAAAUAAAUUGAAAACGUUGAAUGUUUUCAAAGCCCUCGUUAAUCAAUCUUAUCCUUUUAAGUCACCUAAUAUAAUUUAGCAAAAGCAGCCCAAAUGGGAGCUCUUUUGAAAUGCACAAGUCAGUUUAUGUACAUCUUCAUUAGGAACAGGUAGAGUGAUUACAAACGGUUAAAAUUAGCAUAGGACAGACGAGGGAGUCGCCUUAAUUACAAACCUCGUCUAAGACAUGGUUAAAGGGAAACACAAAAAUCUGGAAAAUAGAUCAGAUCAUUUUCAGCUAUCUGUGUUUGAAUGUUUUCAGCUGUCGACAGCGAUAAAAGAAAGAAAAAACAACACUUCUCUAAAGCGGAAACACGAUGCUUUUUGCCAUAGGCUCAGUGUCUCAGCCUUCCCAGCAAGUUUAAGUUGGUAGCAGCACGCUGGCAUCCUCAGGUUCUUUAAUGUCCCAUAACGUGGGUAAAUGUAACAUUAAAAUGUCAUAUAUGUAUAGCUGGGAAGGUGUAAUCGUUCGCUGUGUAGUGAUUAGUUCCAUAUUAUUUUGGGUCAAGUGCGUAGUACAUAAUCCACACGAUUAUUUGAAAUUUGAUAAGUUUUCUCAGCGUGAUGUUGAAGACUUCACUCGCUUGUUGUUCAACCCCGAGUAAGUGAAGUUCAUGUAUUUGCAGAUGAUAAAUAUUACGCACUUGUCUUAUUAGUCAGGGUCCAACAAAUCGGUUUGUGAAUUUCCCUUUUUUCAAUCAUUAAAGUUAAACAUUCGUCUUUAAUAGAUAAUAGGAAACAUGCUGUAUGAUUUUUUACGCCAGAAGGAGAAUUUAAAAAAAUGUGGGAAAUAUCAUAAUUUAGCUGGACCACGGCCCAAAGCACAAAUGCCACAUCAUUUCACUGUAUAUUAGUGUUGUGCAUUGUCAUCACAUACAUUACACUCUAAUAAGAGGUACCCAGCAAAGUCUUUAAAAAAGUGAUCUUUGAUUUAGAAAGAUGUAAAAGCCCAAAUCCUAUAGAAAAAAAUAUAAAUUGCUUUUAUACCUUGUUUUUAAGCACUUAGUGCAUUAUAACAAGUUGUUUGCCUAAUACUGAAAUAAUUUAGUAAAUGGAUUAUUUUUAUUGAGUUGUACGGUAAAAUCUAAAAUUAAUAUUUUGAAUAUUAUAGACAUUUGCUGAUGGUCAUUACAACUUGCACAAAGUUCGUCAAUGCAAACGUGCUGUGUUAGCGUCCCAAAGUCUGUCAAUCACAGAGGCAGCUAUUACUGGUGGUGACAAGUCCAAACAUACACAAUCUCAUUGUUGCUGCAAUGUUAUUAUUCACAUGACUGCAUGUGUCAGUAACUUAGGGGGAAAUGCAAUAGCUUUAAUUUGUCAUAUUUUCCCCUUUUUACUCCUUGUAUUUUUAUCAGUUGUUUUUUUUUAUUUUUUUUAUUUUUAUUUUGAUAACACUCACAUGAUAUUUAUAGUUGCCAGAGGUGUGAUCAGCACUGGCAGUUAAGAUACAUGUCCCAUUCUACACCCAGUGCAUUUGUCCAAUACAGCCACAACUCUUGAAUCCUCUCGACACAUGGAUCUCUGAUCAGUGAUGUGGUGCCCAACCUGUGCUGAAAGGAGUGUUUGCUCCACUUGUUUUGGAAUGGAGUUCAUUGGAGGAGGGAAAAUAUAUAUAUAUAUUUUUAAAAGUAAAAUUUUAAAUGCUUUCCAGUGUUAAAUGCUGUUGUCCUCAGGAAUAUUUUGAAAA